GGGUGAAGGGGAGCCACCGGUCCGUUUUCUUCCGCGCUAUCAGUUGAAUCUGAGUAGGAUCGAUCUGAUCGAUCGGUCUAUCUGACUUCGGUCAGUCAGAUUAAAGAGAGUCUGCUGGAGUUCCUCCAGGAAGAUGUUUGUGGUCUUUGUCUUCCUGCUGCGCGUUUCCCAGCAUGCCUCAGGAGUGGAGGUGUAUGGAGGGGACAAAUCUGUCCUGCUGCCCUGCCAGCUUCCCGCUCCAUCUAAAGAGGGUGUAGUUGUGUGGAGACGUAAUGAUUUGAAUCCUGCAAUCAUCCACGUUCUCACCGAGGAAGGUGAUAAUCUUGCAGACCAAAACAAGCAUUACACCAAGAGAACAUCAAUUCAGAUGGAUGCCCUGCAGACCGGAGACCUCAGCCUCACUCUGAGAAACCCUACAUUCUCUGACAGUGGAACCUACACCUGCACCACCCGCAAGCAUGGAGAAAAACUGAACCAGACUGAAGUCCAACUACAGGUCAAAGAACAUACUCCAGUCUGGCCCACAGUUCUCCCAGCAAUCCUGGUUCCUCUGGUUCUCCUGGCUGUUGGCUUUGCUGUUUUCAUGGGUCUUGUAUAUAACAGGAUGAAGAAAACAGCAGUCUGCCAGCUCAAAGUUGUGGAUGUGACAGAGGGGGCAAAAUCUGUCGUGCUGCCCUUCAUAUCCAAAAAAUUGAAGAGUUUGGAUAGUUACAAAGUGGAGUGGAAACAUAUCCAAGACGAUGAAAUGAAGGUUGUAGAUGACCGUAAUCGUACUCAAAAUAAACGUCACCAUGGCGGUACAGAGAUGAAGAAAGACCCAUGGACUACAGGAAACGCCAGCCUGACUCUGAUGAAACCUCGCUGUAGAGAUGGAGGUGUUUACAUUUGCACCAUCUAUGGCAAAGAUGGGAAACCUAUCAAACAGAAAGUAGUGGCACUCUGGGUCAAAGAGGGAUGGCUGAAAACCAUCAGAGGUUUCUGCCGGAGUGCCGGUCAAACAGUGGGGUGAUCUGAAUCAUAAGGUAACUCUGUUUACUGCUCAGUCGGUGCGAUUUAUCUCCUGGUGAAGUGUUUCCAAAUGAAAAUCACAGCAAUGAGUGUCAUUAUGGUUAGAAAUGAAAAGUAACAUUUACAAAUGUGUACAAGUGUGUAUGUGUGUGUGUACACAAAUGUGUGUUUCAGUCAACAAAAUGAAUAUUAAACAGUUUGAAGACAUGAAAGACAAAUGCACACGUCACAACCUGAACUUAUAUUCAGGUUCUGCAGAGCUGAGAGCAUUAAAGUGUCUUUAAACUCGACACAUAAAUGUGACAUGACCCGUGUGUAUCAGUGCGCACUUCAUUUAAAAACCUGUAACUGAAUUAGGGCUGCAGCUAUGGAUUAUUUUAGUAAUUGAGUAGUCUAUCAAUAAUUCCAUUGAUUAAUCUGUUAGAAAAAACUAAACACUUUCAUUGUAUUUAGGGUUACGUGCCUUAUUAAAAUCACAUUAAAAUCACUUUCUUAAAUGCCAAAAUAUAAAUAAUAACAAGUACAGUAAUGUCUGCUAAGGUGCUCUUAUAUUAAGAGGAGACAAAAAAAGUUCUGACAGUAUUUUAGCUCCUGGAUGAAGUAAAUUUGGUGUGUGUGUGUGUGUGUGUGUGUGUGUGUGUGUGUGUGUGUGUGUGUGUGUGUGUGUGUGUGUGUGUGUGUGUGUGUGUGUGUGUUUUGAUGCAAUGCUUCCUGCAGCAGAAAAUAGACAUUCUGAUGUAAAGAUGUUAUUACUCUGUAUAUACACUGCUCAUGUACAUACUCUGCACUAUUCAAAACCCCUGGAGUAUUUUAUUGCACUUCUGUACAUAUACUGCUCCUGUUAUCAUAUGCUCUCUUUUUAUCACUUUUCAAGCACUUCUGGUUAGAUGCAAUCUGCAUUUUGUUGCACUGUACUUUUGAAAUAUGCAAUGAGAAUAAAUUUAAUCAAUCUAAUUUAAUCUAAUCUAAUCUAAUUUUUGUUAUUCGUAAUUCAGUAUCUUUAAAAGGCUGUUUAUGUACAUUUCUACUGUCCUACAAAGAAAAAAUAUUUAAACUUUAUUUAUAAAACAUGUUUUAUAUUUAUAUUAAUCUAAAUCUGCAAAAUAAUCUUACUAAAGCCUUGAAUUAAAGCCUUGCCCCUGCUUGCUGCAGGUAUCACUGCAACAGAAAGUAGGAAGGCGGCUGUUACUCUUUGUCUCUUUGUUUUGCUUAUUAAACUGUUGUUGUUCCAAGCUAAACCAUCAGCCUGCAGCUUUAACGUUAUCGUUAUUAAGUUAGUUCUUUUUUUUUUUCAUUUAUUUUUUGUUUUUGUUACAGACAUUUGUUGGUUCUUGUUUUGUUUUUGUUUUUAACUGUGAAUAAUGAAAAGAAAACACAAUACUUUCAGUGACGCUCUGAAUUAUGAUCAUUGGUGUUUAAAAAACUAAUUAUUUUACUUCUGUUUAUUUUAUGUUUAUUUCAUUAUUUUUGUUGUUAUUUAUUAAUUUGAAUUUUUCAAAAAAUUUUUUUUUUCUGGUCUUUGUUUUGCUUAUAAAAAUUGUUGCCAUUUAAAAUAUACUGUAUGUGAAAAGUGUAGCUGGAAGCUAAACCUUCAGCCUGCAGCUUAAAGGUUAUCACCAUUAUAUUAGUUCUUUUUUGUCAUUUAUUUAUUGUUAAGAGCAUUUGUUGGUUGUUAUUGUUUUUUUUUUUAACUGUGAAUAAUGAAAUGAGAACAUAAGAAAUAAAAAUAAUCACUGUGUGACAGGAUCAUGUAUGUUCAUGUAGUCCAUAUAUCAGCUUGUAGCAGCUUUCAGUGAAGCUCUGUGAAGUAGAAACCAGCCACGUACUCAGUUACUCUCUGUGUUUAAAGCAUGUAGAGCUGAAGCUGUUCAGGACUUUCAGGCUUGUUGUUGCUCAGUGUGGAGACUCUCAGUGAAGCAUUCAAACCGCACACUGUUCUCUACAUCAGCGGGAUGAUUUUCUGCCUUUAAAUUCACGCUGACUGUUGGAAACUUUUGGAUCUCUACUAGAACUUAAAGUGUGUUUGAAGAAAACCAUGGCACCCCAAAG